AUAUAUAUUGUAUAUAUUUAUUUUGGUUUUGUUAUCAUUUUCAGCAAUAUGGCUUCAAAAAAUUUUAGAGUGUUAUUGUUUCUACUCUUCUUGGCACCAUUUCAAUGCAAAGUCCAAGCUAGUACUACUACUCUUCCACUUGUUGAAGUGGAAGCCAUUAAAGAAAUAGCUGAACAACUACACAAGAAAGAUUGGAACUUCAGUGACCCUUGUAGUAACCAAACAACUAUUGAUACCCCACACACAGAACAGUACAAAAAUGUUGUCAUCUGCAAUUGUACAAUCUCUGCUAAUACAUGCCAUAUCCAAAGCAUUUAUUUUAUUGGACAAGAUCUUGAUGGUGAGCUUCCAUCAUCACUAUGGAAGCUACCUCACCUUAAACAAGUUAAUUUUGACAGGAACAUCCUUAGUGGUUCAAUACCAAAAGAGUGGACUUUGAAUAAAUUGGAAAGCUUGGGCAUUAGUGCAAACAAUUUAUCAGGACCAAUUCCAAGCUAUUUAGGAAACAUAACUACUCUCAUACAAUUGGGCAUGGAGAGUAACUUGUUUUCCGGAACUAUUCCCUCUGAGCUUGGAAAAUUGGUGAACUUGGAAUACUUAAAUCUUAAUGCAAACAAUCUCACUGGAGAGUUCCCUUUGGCUCUAACUAAUCUCACCAAGUUAACUACACUUAGGAUUAGUAGUAACUACUUCACAGGAAGGAUGCCUGAGUUUACCAAUUGGAAACAACUUCAGAACUUAGAGAUGGAAGCAAGUGGUUUCAAAGGGCCAAUCCCUUCUAGUAUUUCUAAUUUGGACAAGUUAACAGAAUUAAGGAUUACUGAUUUAAAUGGGGAGAGCUCAGAUUUUCUAGACUUGAGAAACAUGACAAAUAUACUUAAAGUGAUGAUGAGGAGCUGUAAAUUAAGAGGAAACAUUCCUAGUUAUAUUAGUAAUUUGACAAAGUUAACUAUCUUAGAUCUUAGCUUCAAUAAACUAGAAGGGGAGGUUCCAAAUUUCGAAAAUGUAAUGCAAUUGGGAAAAGUGUACUUAACAAGUAACUUACUCAGUGGACCAAUUCCAAAUUGGAUCACUAUCAAAGAUACUAACUACCAAAUAGAUAUUUCUUACAAUAAUUUUACUGAGACAUCCGAACCAUCGAGUUGUCGCGAUACUUUCAAUCAUUUUCGGAGCCCAUCUGGACAGAAAAACAACUCAAUUCUGAACAAGUGUUUGGCUCCAUGUUCAAAAGAUCAUUAUUCAUUGCAUAUAAAUUGUGGUGGAAAACAAACUACCAUUGGAGGCAUCAAGUAUGAAGGAGAUGAGGAUUUAGUAGGAGCUGCGAAAUUCGUCCAAUACUCACCAACUUGGGGAUUAAGCAACACUGGUGAUUUUUGGGAUGUUAAUAACAAAGCAUCAGACUACAUAGUAAACAAUGUCUCUGUAUUAAGAAUGAACAAUUCCGAGCUCUACACAACAGCACGAAUCUCCCCUCUUUCGCUAACUUACUAUGCUCGGUGCUUAGCAAAUGGAAAUUACACUGUCAAACUUCAUUUUGCUGAGAUAGUAGUAACAAACAACAGAUCAUAUUACAGCUUUGGAAGGCGAAUAUUUGAUGUUUAUGUUCAGGAAAAAUUGGAGUUGAAAGAUUUCAACAUUGAAAAGGAAGCUAAUGGUGUUGAUAAGGAGUUUAUCAAAGUAGUUAAGGCUGUUGUGAGUUAUAAAACACUUGAGAUUCGAUUCCAAUGGACCGGGAAAGGGACGAGGAAUAUUCCAAAGCGAGGAAUGUAUGGUUCUUUAAUAUCAGCUAUCUCAAUUGAAUCUGAUUUCAAACCUCCAAAAGAGAAAAAAGACAUGAAGUUCAUCAUUAUUGGAGUGGUUUUAUCUUUUUGCCUUGUUUUCAUAACUAUAGGUAUUGUUUGGUGGAAAUGCUAUUUGAGAAGAAAGGAAUCAAGGGAUGAAGUUCUAAGAGGACUAGAUCUCCAAACUGGUUUCUUUACCUUUAAGCAAAUUAAAUCUGCAACUAACAACUUUGAUGCUGCAAACAAAAUCGGAGAAGGUGGAUUCGGAUCAGUCUACAAGGGUGUGCUAUUAGAUGGAACUAUUAUUGCGGUUAAGCAACUUUCUUCAAAAUCGAAGCAAGGAAAUCGAGAAUUUGUUAACGAAAUAGGCAUGAUUUCUGCAUUACAACACCCAAAUCUUGUCAAAUUGCAUGGAUGUUGCAUCGAAGGAAAGCAAUUGUUGUUGGUUUAUGAAUACAUGGAGAACAAUAGCCUUGCAAAUUUGUUAUUUGGUACCGAAGAAGAUAGAGAGAAACUAGACUGGAAGACAAGGCAAAGAAUAUGCAUAGGCAUUGCAAGAGGUCUUGCUUUCCUUCAUGAGGAAUCAACAAUAAAAAUUAUACAUAGAGACAUCAAAGCUACAAAUGUACUACUAGAUAGGAAGCUUACACCGAAAAUAUCAGAUUUCGGUCUAGCCAAACUAAAUGAAGAGGAAAACACUCACAUCAACACCAGAGUUGCUGGAACUAUAGGAUAUAUGGCACCAGAGUACGCAUUAUGGGGUUACUUAACUGAUAAAGCAGAUGUAUACAGUUUUGGAGUUGUGGCAAUGGAAAUCGUAGCCGGUAAAAAGAACACGAGAUAUCACCCGGAUGAAAACUUUGUGUGCCUUCUAGAUUGGGCCAUUUUCUUACAACAAAAGGGAAAUCUAAUGGAACUUGUUGAUCCAAAAUUGGGAACUAAAUUCAACAAAGAAGAGGCAAAAAGAAUGAUUGAAGUUGCUCUUCUAUGCACUAACCCCUCACCAGCGCUUCGUCCUGCAAUGUCAACCGCGGUGAGCAUGCUUGAAGGCCGAAUUCCUGUUCUUACUUUGAGCUUGCAACCAAGUGUUCAUGGUGAUCAAUCAAGAUUCCAAGCCUUGAGUGAAUACAUGGAUCAUUUGAGAGACACAAAUUCAGAAGCUUAUAAGCUUUUCUCUAGCUAUUCAUCAUUUUCUACAAGGACUGGCUCUUCCUCUGCAUCAGACUACCCUGUUUCAUCAAAUCAGUCUUUAAAGUCUUAAUUCUCAUUAUAACCAAUUAGCAAAAGUCUCUUAAGCCAUCCAAUAUGGUGUUUUGAUCACAAUAUGGUGUUUAAGUUAUAUAUAUAGUUAUUUGUGAUUGGCUUCACAAUCAUCUCUUUUUACUAAGAAUAUAAGUUAGUUAGGAGUUAGGUGGUAGUUAAGUCUGUUACUCUAACAGAUUUGUCUUGGUCAUUUUGCUUAUGUUAUCAAAGAUUCAGAGGUAUUUAAUUAGUAUUGUUAUUGGGUACCGGUGGCGCCUAGCA